AUGUCGGUUCCACCUUCCAACCCGAACCCAUCAUUUGGAUUCCCAACGCUCCCGGGUUCGCUUCGGAAGAGGCGAUCCCUUUUACGGGAAUCGGAAGACAGUGAUGGCACGAUGGGGAUUGAACAAUACCUCAUGAGCUGUGACCCUUAUCGUUCAACAAAUUUGCCCAACUUCUGGCCGUAUCCAUUGAUGUUGACCGAGUCCAGAGAGCUUCAAGAGACUCUUCGACCAGUUAAAUACGGUAUAAGCGCCAUCCUAAAAGCACACGGAUUCGCUGAACGCGUCCCAUUCCUGCCGUAUGUCGCGCAAAAGCCUCAUUACCCGGGAGGCGACACACCAGUCAAUCUGCUCCGCGUGAUACUACUGGCUGCUGAUGAUCACCCAAGACGCUUCGGCCCAGCGAAGGAUGACCUCACACGCCUUCUCAAUGAAAGGGGCAUUACGGACAUGUUCGUUGAGAUUGUCAAUAUUGAUCUGUGCUUUCAACCAUCUCUGUUCCCGAUGCCGCCUGACCAUGGCCUAGUGGUCGGCUUUGAAGAAGGGAAGCAAAGUAUUCUCGAUCUCCUUCAAUCAACACUUGGGAACAACUGGAGACUGCUCUGCCCGUUCAACGUCGGGCGGGUGGAGGCAGAGGCCGGCCCAGGGGUUGUAAUCAUCGUGGAUCCCCUCACGCGUGCCAAUUGGUCUGUUUUGGACACGGAGAUCAAAUCAUUACUUGCAAGACACUGUCAGCUCCAAACCAUCGAGGUAGAGUUUCUCCCCGGAGACCUCAAGUUCCUUAAUGGAACGUCCUUUGCCGGCAGGGCGGACGGGCCAGCCAUGGGGUCCUCCGUUGGUAUUCAUGGAGAUACUAAUUCGGGGACACUUGGUGGGUACGUGACCCUCACGAAGGGCGGCGAGGUCUUGAAAGGCUUCCUAACCAAUUACCAUGUCGUCAGUCCCUUAGGCCCCAAGUCAGGCCCCCCCGACAAGUGUCUCGCUGACUCGGGUCGUUUUGGAAGUUCGUGGAUGCGCCAAACAGAAAUGAAUCAGUUCGAGAUGGAGAGUUUCUCUCGUCAGGACACACAAGCCACCUUAUCCGAUCUCGACACUAAAAUAAGUGCCACGAACGAGCAGAUCGAGAGGUUGUCUGAAAGAAUACGCGAGCGAGAAGAAAUGGGCGGCGGAUCUGCGACAAAGCUUCGAGACCGGUUAAACAACUUCCAGUCAAUAGUCUCCGGCUACCGUCGCGAACACCAGAAUGUCACUAGCAUGCCCCAUCUUAUGGGAAGGGUGACGGCCACCUCCGGGAAGGCUAUAUUGGGCAAGAGAAUUAGUGACUGGGCGUUUGUCCAGAUGAACGAUGCCGCCAUCGAGAAGUUCUUCCGACCUAACCACAUGUUCCCUGUUCGGGAAGACCAGCAACCAGGCCGAUACAAAGCUGGGGAAAGCCUUGCGCCGUCUGCGGGCGAGACUCUAACAGACUUCGGCCCGCUCGUGGAAGGCGAUGUAUACUUCAAGAUGGGGCGCACGACGGGAGUCACUACAGGCGUUUGCCAUGGCACGCGGGCAAUCUGUCACUGGAAAGACAGCAUAAGAUACGACCUUAUUGGUAACGAGAAUGGCCUGUCAGUAACUACGACUGAGGAAUAUAUCAUUGUGAGUAAGAGACUAGACAGCGCUGAACACACGCAAGCCUCAUUUGCUGAGGAUGGUGAUUCUGGAUCAAUUGUUAUCGAUACAGACGGAAAUGUCUGUGGACUUGUCUAUGCUGGCUUCAGUGGCAAAUGCGGACCCCCCGGUAAUGAACAUUCCUAUGUUAACGCCGGCCUCGUGACACCCAUCACCGAAGUGGCACAGUCAGUGAAGCUUCUGACAGUGCGCAAGGACAAGGAUAACAAGAUCAUCAGCGCACCAGCCGAGCUCGGACUCCCUCAACCCUCUGAAUCACAGUCUUGA